UCUUAUCUUUAUCAUUAUUAUUAUUCAAUCAAUUACGUAUUAUUCACACAGCCAUUAAUAUACAUUCAUUCAUUCAUAAGUUUAUAUCUACUCCUACAGCUCUCCUCUUUCUUCUUUCCACACUACACUUUCCCUUUCUCUCAUGUCAAAGAUUCCCUCACCUCUCUCCGCGUGAAGAACAACAAAUCAAAGGUUCCCUCUUCUUUUCUUUCUCCUUAAGCUUCGGUUUUUCUUUUCUUUUUUCCGUAGAAGAAUUGGAUCUGUCUGCUACCCAUGUCUUCCGAUUAAUAGGUCUCUCUGAUGAUUGGCGUAGUGUAGGGUUGAUUUCCUGAAAUUCAUUAUUUUCCCGAUUUUUCUAUAAAAAGGAGUUCUUUUUUUUUCUCCUUCCGUUGGAAAAGGGUUUUGGUAGGUAGGUGAAGUUAUUGAUGGGAGCAUAGUUUGUUAGUUUUUUUAGCUGGUUUUCCAAUCAUGUUCCAUGUGUUAGGUUUAGGUAGCUUUCUUCAUUGGGGAUUGAUUGCAUCUUACUCUUUAGGUGUUUGUAUUUUAGAAGGUUUUAGUUUCUAGAUGUAAAUAAUAAUAUAGAAAAUAAAUGUGUAAUUUAUCUGAUCUUUUAGUUGAACUGGUCCACAUUAUUCACAUUUUGAUUCCUUCUCAUGUGAACUGUAAAAGCCUAAUGAUGUAUCUGAGUUUCAAGCUAACCGAAAAUUCCCUCUUCCUCAUAACCUCAGAUGAAACUUCUGAGUGCAGAGUAUUCUUUACCCAACUAUAUGUGAGUGAUCAUAUGUGUCACACCGCUGUGUGAUACUUGGUUGUGGGCCUUGUAGCAAAAGUUUAAAUCUUCAGAGUUUUCUGAUAUAUUCAUUCCAGUUUCUGGGAAGGAAGAGCUUGGGAUGCAGACUAGUAGCUCUUUGAUAGGUAUACCAAUAAAGAAGAGAAGGUUUCCAUUUGUUUUGCCUUCUUCGCCUCCAACCGAAGAACCAUCUUCUUGUCAUGAUGAAAGUGAUGCAAAGAAAAGACAAUCCGGUUCUAUCCCAAGAUCAUCCUUCAACCCUGUUGAUGAUAUUAACUCUGCCAACAAGUCUGAUCUCAGCAAAAAUCCUCUUGUGGAGGGAAACCAAGAAAGGCUAGCUGAUGUUAAAGAAGAUGGUACCUCUACCAAACUUACCAAGCAACCUUCUGGAACCAAAGCUACUGAAGCUGAUGAUGUGUUUGUCCAACCUUCUGAGGAACCUUCUGGAUUAAAACCCAUUGAAGCAAAUGCUUCAUCCGUCCAGCUUAUGGAUGGAUCUUCUGGAUCCAAACCCUCCCACACAAAAAAUUCAUCUGUACAGUAUACAGAAAAACACUCUGCAUCUAGGCCUGCCGAAAUGGAAUUUAUCUUGGACCAAUCUACUUUGGAUGGAUCUAAAUCUUUCCUAUCUAGUAAGGUAACUUGCCCGUUUCAAUCUUCCCAAGAAAACAUUACUUUUGCCCAAUCUAAUGGGGAAUCUUCUGGAUCCAAACUCCAGGUGUCUAAUGCAAAGGCUUGCUUAUGUCAUGCUGAUAAUGUUGACAAUGGUGUCAAGGCAGAUUUAGCUGAAAACAGCAUUGGGGUUGUAGAGAACACUAAUGUGGGUGUUAAGAUGGAAACCAUGAUCAAACAAGAUGACUGUCACAUAAAAAUCCAACCUUCUGUGCAUCCGGGAAGUGCCAAAUUGUCUACAGGACUAUCACAAAUGCAAAUUAAUUCUUUGGGACUGCAAGGUAUAGGAGGUUCCGAGUUGUCUGGUAAUUUAGAUCCGUACUUGUUAUCUCUGUCUUUAAACAAAGAAAAGGGAACAACUCAAAUGGGAAAUUCAAACAGUGUGUCAAGUAACGUUAGUCGUGAUACUGAUAGAUCAAACUGGGAUUUGAACACUACUAUGGAUACUUGGGAGAGUUCUGGUGAAGGCUUUCAAGAAAAGGAUAAUAUAUGCAACAUGGGGAAGUCUAGUUUAAGCCCCUAUGGUAUGGAUGGUGCUUGUAAUGAUAAAGGGAAGCAAGUCUGUGGCUCGCCUGAGCAGAUAUGUCAUUUUUCAGCUACUUGUAUACAAUCUAGCCUGCCAUACAAGUCUGCUGAUUCACUUUGCCUUAGUCUUGGUAGUACUUUCCGUGGUUUGGAUUUAAGCAGGGCUCAGUUCUGUUCAAUGUCGUCCAAGGCAGACUCAAUCUCACACUCUAAUGCUCCUCCAAGAACCAUUAUGAACUUGAAUUCUGUUGGUUGUGGAAAUGUAAAGGAAGAACCUAUUGAUAACAGCUCACGACCGGAUUACACUGGUUCUAGCAAUAGUACUGCCAAAAUACUGACUAGUAGUAAUUCAUUGAAAUUGAAACUUAUUGAGGAGGGAAACAUAGAACCUAUUAAAGUCGACAUUCAAAAAGUGAUUGAGAAAAAAUCAAUAAAAUCUGAGCUUAUGCAGGAACCUAAUCAAGAAACAUGCGAAAGGAUGUCCAGCAUGGAGUUGCACCAAUCUGCUGGAAAUGUUGCACCAUCAAAAGAGUGUUCCACUUUUUGUGUGCCUUUGACACCUGAAAAGCCAUUCACUACAAAACUGCCAUCCUUUUCAGAGUUCUCCGUCAGUGGGGAGUUAUCCAAUCAAUCUGAGCAUUCUGUUCAUACUAAAGAAGUCAACAUUUGUAAGAAUGCAUUAGAUCAGAUAAAUGCUGGUGUGGUUACAAGAAAUGAACAUUCUGCUCUAGAAGAACUAAAUGCACCUGGUUCUAAGGCAGAGGUUGUGAAUGUCGACAGUUCAAAAACAUCCUAUUUGAAGCAAGCUAAUGAACAGCCUCAUUCUCUGGCUGCAAGUGGUGAGGGAUCUCUGAGUGGUGAACAAGAUAUGAAUAUAUCAGCUGACAUGGAAGAAGAAUCUUAUGGUUAUGAUUAUGGAUCGGAUAGUCAUCAUCAUACUUUUAUUGAAGGAAGGUCUAGUGGAAAGGAAGAUGACGAUUAUGAAGACGGUGAGGUGCGGGAGCCUGUAUUAGAAUCAAAUUCAGAAAAGCCAAUUGUUGAGGGAUCAGAUACAGAAAAGGUUAUUGAAUCCCAUAGUUGUCCUGUGGGUGCUUUAGGUGAUGAUAAUGUUGUUCAAUCUGGUGUUGCAGGAAAAGAUGAAACCAUCAUCUAUCAUCAGAUGAGAACUAUCACGAACUGUAUGGAAGAUUGUGGCGGGAUCUCAGUUUCUGAAAAGAUAGUUGACCAACUCUCAGAAAGGGAUGGUUCUGCCUCAAUCUCGAUAUCAGAAAUUGUUCCAGAAAUAUGGUUCCAUGAUGCUAUGCCUGCAAAUGAUGAUACUCACCAGAUGCAUUUUGAUAAAGGAGCAGACAAUAGGCAAGGGGUGGACAGUAUAGAGGGUGUUUUAUGUGAUGUAUCGUUAAAUGGAAGCAAUGAGACAGGAGUUACUGUUUCCAAGAUCUCUGUUGACGAGGAUGCUAUCGGAACUGACGAAGGAGAGAAGUUAAACUCCUGUUUGGUCAAUCCAGAAACACCUUUAAAUGGAAAUGACUCAAAGGAUUGUUGUGCAGUUAAGAGUAGGAUUAUCAAUUUGCCACGGGCUUCUCAUUCCACUUCCCCUAGUAAAUCCAGACCUGUGGAAGGCGGCUUCUCAUUGUCAUCACGAAGUGGAAGGGGGCGAUUCUUUGAUGUACAGGAUGGGAAUUUCCAUCCAAGUGGGAAUAGAAGCGAAAUGUAUGGUGAUGGUUCAAACAAAUACACAAGAGACAGAUUUCGAGAAAGGACAUAUGAAAGGUCCAACCAGGUAAGUUUCAUGCGUGGAAGAGGACGAGGUUCGGGUCGUUUUGGUCGGACCCGCCGCGAUUGGGACUCUGAUCGCCAUUUUAGCUAUAAUAAUAAUAAUAACCGGAUGGAUGAUUACAGUUUUGGUAGUAGACAUAAACAACGUGCUUCUGCCAUCGAUGAUGCUAAUGUUGAACGGAAUGACUUUGACAUUUCACCAUCUGACGGAGCUGUUUUGGGUCCAUCAAGUAGAGGAAGGAAACUAUUGAAUAGCGGGUCCCCUUCUUUUCGGCAUUCUUCAUCAAGAAGACUUUCUCCUGUUGAUAAGGGCAUUCAAAGACAUGGCACUAGGAUCCCUAGAAACAAUAGUCCCCCAAGUAGGUGUACUGAUGAAGACAGUUCUGAGAUGGUUGGACAUGGGCAUGGCGAGAGAUUUGAUAUGAUUGACUCCUCAUAUAAUAGACGAGAUGGGCAAUUCACCCGCGGUAAGAAAAUGUUCCCCACAUCCAUUCAAAGAAGAGGUGGUUAUUCUAGAGUGCGAUCAAAGUCUCCUGAUGAAUCAUCUCAAAGACAUUCCCCUUCUGCCCCUUGGUGUUCUUCUCGCCGAAGAGCUAUGGAAGGAUUAGAUGAAUCUCCAGUCAUUUAUCAUCGUGUAGAUAGGAUGAGGUCUCCUGCAGAAUGUGAUCAUUUUUCUGAAGAUAUGGCUCCUAGAAGGCGUAACUCCCCAUCAUACGCAGGUCCCCGUUCUACUAAUAACAUGAGGGAUGUGGAUGCUAUGCACGAAAAAAGUCCUUCUAACCACCAUCUCUUUGCCCGAAAUGCCCGAAGACACGAAGGUAUGAAUCGUAGAGAGAGAGUGGAUAACGACGACUACUAUUGUGGGCCCGUAAAUUCAAGCAGAAAGUAUAGUGACAGACGGGGAAUUUCCCAUUCUUUCCGGCCUCCAUAUAAUAAUAACAAUAAUGAGAACGAGAAUUUUCGUUUUCAUCCUGGGGAUGAUGGACCUAGGAGUUUCAGGUGUUCUUCAGAUGAAGAUUCAGAGUUCUUGGAGAGAAACAGCACAAGGGAAAGGGAAAGGGAAUUUGAUGGGCGCAUGAAAAACGGGACCAGAAUUGCACAUAGUUGGAGAAUGAGAAAUGCUGAAGAGCAAGAAGGGAACUAUCGACCAAACGCCCCUCAAGUUUGGCAUGGUGAUGGGAUGAAAAGGAGAAGGUUUUGACUUGUUUAUGAUAAGUCUUUGUAGAUACUACUACCCUUAGCUCAAAUAUCAGCCAGCAGAUAUGAGCAAGACCGAAAGGAGAUUUCCACACUACUGAUUCCUCUAGACGAUGAGAAAAACAUUAUAAGCUUGUUUCUCCACGAUGUCUCAAGAUUUGUUGAAAUCGUUUUGAUAGUUUGGUUGAGAAUAUUGCAUGAGUGUGAAGAUUUAAUUUGGGGGCAAGAUGGGGAAGAGAGCUUCUUUGACGUUUGUUUUUAUAAUAUAAUAAUAAUUACUUCACUGUUCAAAUUUAUGAGAAACCAUCUGCACUUCAUGUGGGUAACUAUUCCAAAGUUGGCUGGUGUGAGGUUCAUCUCUGGACAUCAUCUUACUCUGCAUAGUGUUUUUUUUGGGGGGGGGGGGGGUGAUCGAUCUCCUGAUUUGAAGAGAAGAUGAUUGUUUUGCUGACUAUGAAUCUGGUGGGAGUGAGUUUCUUCAUUGAGAAGAAAUUAAACCCUUUACUCCCUGGCUCUGUGGGGGCCCUCAAUAAGUCUUCUGAGAUGAUCCUAAGGUGCCCAAGCUCCAGUUUGGAAUACAAAAAAAUCUAUUGAUUCUGUGUUUCGUUGUCCAGAUAUGAUUUGGUGAUUUACCCUAAUGUUAUGGAUGUCAAGAGUCUGGUUUGGGGAGGAUGACUGAAGGUUUGUUUAAAGCAACGUGAAAAUGAAGACUUCAUCCUUUCCUUAAUGUAUCACGUGUCUAAACCUUCAGUCUUAAAAAAGUGCUGUUUGAGCAAAUGGAGAUAAAGUUCAAAAGGUGCAAAUAGGGUCAAAAGGAAAUCUAAUAUGAUAAAAUCUUGCAAGUCAUUAAAAAGGAUCUAAAGUACUCAACCCAUUUUUCAUGAAAAUUAAGAAAAAAAGUUGUGUAGAAAGAUGUAAAAAGUAAGAGAGAAUAAAUGAAACAUGCAAUUAUGUAGAUUUGCAGUUAUAUUUAGUUAAAAAAAG